CUGUAGGACCGAUCGCUUAAUGAGAUACAGAACAGCCAUCUCAGAAAACGAAAAUGGGCAAUCGUCACAGCCAGUCUUACUGCCUCUCGGAAGGCGGUCGACAACUGCCCCAAGGGGACACCCAAUCCUCGACGGUCAUGUCACCUCUCAGCCGCCCGUCAGGGAACGGAGAGUCGGAGGCCCCUCAGCCCGUCAAAGCGAGAAGCCACCAGGGUUUUGAUGUGGAUCGAGAUACCAAAAAGCUGAAGAAAGCCUGCAAAGGAGUGGGAACCGAUGAAGCUGCCAUCAUUGAGAUCCUAUCAAGCAGGACCUCAGACGAGAGGCAGCAGAUCAAGCAGAAGUACAAGGCAGCAUAUGGCAAGGACCUGGAGGAGGUGCUCAAGAGUGAGCUGAGCGGACACUUCGAGAAGGCGGCUGUGGCCCUCCUGGACCGCCCCAGCGAGUACGCAGCCCGGCAGCUGCAGAAGGCCAUGAAGGGCCUGGGCACGGACGAGUCGGUGCUCAUCGAAGUCCUGUGCACGAGGACCAACAAGGAAAUCGUCGCCAUUAAGGAGGCCUACCAGAGGCUGUUUGACAGGAGCCUUGAGUCAGACGUCAAAGAUGACACCAGUGGAAACCUCAGGAAGAUCCUGACGGCCCUGCUGCAGGCGAAUCGUGAUGAGGGUGACGACGUGGACAGAGACCUAGCCGGUCAAGACGCCAAAGAUCUGUACGACGCAGGGGAAGGCCGCUGGGGCACCGACGAGCUUGCCUUCAACGAAGUCCUGGCCAAGAGGAGCUACACACAGUUACGGGCCACCUUCCAAGCCUAUCAGGUGCUCAUCGGCAAGGACAUGGAGGAAGCCGUUGAGGAAGAGACGUCGGGAGACCUGCAGAAGGCCUACUUGACGCUCGUGAGGUGUGCCCGUGACCGCGAGGGCUACUUUGCGGAGCGCCUGUACAGGUCGAUGGAGGGAGCAGGGACGGACGAGGAGACGCUGAUUCGCAUCAUCGUGACCAGGGCCGAGGUGGAUCUGCAGGGGAUCAAAGCCAAGUUCCAAGAAAAGUACCAGAAGUCUCUCUCUGACAUGGUUCGCUCAGACACCUCUGGGGACUUCCAGAAGCUGCUCGUGGCCCUCUUGCACUGA